AUGGGAAAAUUCGCUGGCACUUGGCAACGAACUAAGGUCGAAGGAGCUGAGGCUUUCUUCAAGGCUCUCAACGCCCCAGAAGACAAGUUGAAGCGGGCUGCUGCAGCUGAACUCACAUCUGUCGUCAAAUCCGACGGCAAGGAAAUCGAACUCACCCGAACCUACACUCUUGCUGGCGAGAGCAAGUCUGCUACCACCAAGGUCACCGUCGGAGCCGAGAGCGAAAUCAACGGUCCCCUCGGAGGAACCCACAAGGUCACCGUUGAGGCUGACGGAGAUGCCGUCGUCUGCAAGACCACCGAUGGCGCCAUGUCCAUCCGAUUCGAAAUCGUCGGCGAAGAGCUCGUUGAGACCUUCUCUGCCAAAGGCAACACCUUCAAGCGAUGGCACAAGCGAGCUUAA